AUGGAGAGUCACGGGGGAGCUGGAGUCAGAUUCCCUGUAUUUGUAGGCCGACACAUACUUGGCCAAUCAACUGAUGCUGAUUCUGGUUAUUCUGUCCUUCCUAACCACUAUGCUGCCUGUUCCUUCCUCCCAGAUGAUAGCUGCAGACUGAGUGACUACCGCAGACUGAAAGCCAAGAUUCUGGAGCUGCAUGACAAGAGAUACCUGGGGUCUGGCGUCCACAGCAGCCACAAGGACAACAUGGUUGCCAGGAAGCAGCUGGUCAACAUGAUGUUCAAACGCUUCGACGCGGACGACAGCGGACGCGUGGACAGCAGUGAGCUUUCCCAGGUCAUCAAGCAGGAGGGCCUGUCCAAGGACAUCUCCCAGUGCACCCUUUUUGACCUCCUGAAAUACAACGAUGUCAACGACGACGAGCACCUUACCAAGGAGGAGUUCUACACGGCUUUCGAAGUGUUCCUGCUCACCCUUCCAGACGACCAGAAACUCAGCAUCACCACCGUGACGGUGGGCCAGAGCGCCGUGUUGACUUGCGCCAUAGCCGGCGAGCAGCGACCUCCCAUUUUAUGGAAACGCAACAAUCAGCUGCUCAACUCCCUCAACCUGGAGGACAUCAAUGACUUUGGAGAUGAUGGCUCCCUGUACAUCACCAAGGUGACCACCGCCCACAUGGGGAACUACACCUGCCAUGCUGACGGCUAUGAGCAACUGUCACAGAUACACACACUCCAAGUGAAUGUGCCUCCUGUCAUGCGGGUGUACCCGGAGAGCCAAGCCAGGGAGCCGGGUGUGACGGCGAGCCUGCGCUGCCACGCCGAAGGCAUCCCCGGCCCCCACCUGGCCUGGCUGAAGAACGGCGUGGACAUCACCGGCAAGCUGUCUAAGCAGCUCACCCUGCAAGCUAACGGUAGUGAGGUGCACAUCAGCAACGUGCACUUUGAGGACACCGGGGCGUACACCUGCAUCGCCAAGAACGAGGCCGGCGUGGACGAGGACAUCUCCUCGCUGUUUGUGGAGGACUCGGCUCGCAAGACUUUAGCAAACAUUUUGUGGAGGGAGGAAGGUCUUGGGAUCGGGAACAUGUUUUACGUGUUCUAUGACGACGGCGUCAAAGUCAUCCAGCCGGUUGCGUGUGAGAUCCAGAGACACAUCAAACCCAGUGAGAAGCUGCUGGGCCUACAGGAGGAGGUAUGUCCAAUCUUAGCGGGAGAGGCGGUCCAGAGGUGCGUGUGGUCGUCGGCGGUCAACGUGAAGGACAAGUUCAUUUACGUGACACAGCCGACGUUGGGCCGCGUGCUCAUAGUGGACGUCCAGACACAGAAAGCCGUCCAGACGGUCAGUACCGACCCAUUUCCCGUGAAGCUCCACUAUGACAAGUCCCACGACCAGGUUUGGCUGCUGAGCUGGGGCGAUAUGGAGAAAAACCUCCCGACCCUCCAGGUGAUCAAUCAAGCCAGCGGCAGAGUGUCCCACCACACGGUGCACACCCAGCCGGUCGGCCGACGCUUCGACCGUGUGGACGACUUCUUCAUCCCUCCCUCCAGCCUCAUCAUCGUCAACAUCAGAUUCGGCAUCAUCCUGCAUCGGAACGAGCCCACUCUCUACAAAAUCGACCUGGAGACGACGUCCUAUGUAAGGAACAUCAGCUUAAGGGAGUACAACUGCGUCCCCAAGUCCGUGGCCUACACCCACUUGGGCGGCUACUACUUUGUCAACUGCAGGCCCGACUCCACAGGAGCCACCCAACCUCAACUCGUCGUCGACAGCGUGACAGACACUGUGAUUGGCCAGAAUGGUGACGUCACUGGCACGCCUUACGUGUCCCCAGACGGUCACUACCUGAUCACGGUGGACGAUGACGAUGGCCUGAUGAGGAUCCAGACGGUGUCAGAGCGCGGGGAGAUCCGGGAACCGUUCGACAUCCACACCAACCUGCACCUCUCCGACCUGGCGUUCCAGCGCUCCUUCACGGAGGUCCACCAGUAUAACGUGUUCGGCAGCUCCGGCCGCCAGACCGACGCCCUCUUCGUGGAACUGAGCACAGGCAACGUCAAGAUGAUCAAGAGCCUGAAAGAGGCCGCCAAGCGGUCCGAGUGGCCGUGGAGCGGUAGGAACCGGGUCAUGGUCGCCAGCGGACUGUUCGGUCAGUACCUCGUCACCCCAUCCAGAGAAUCACUCUUCAUACUUGACGGACGACUCAACAAGCUGAACUGUGAGAUCACCGAUGUUCUCAAAGGCAAUGUGGUGGCUUGGGUUGGGGAUUCUUAGGCGACGCACCGAGACCCACUGAUCUGAUUUUUUUUUCCUUAAAACAAAAAAAGGUACUGUUGCACUGAAUUUGGUUACAGAUUUUUAAUUUUGUGGUUGCGUGACAGUAAAAUAUCACCGAUUCCAAAACCAAAUUGACCAUUCGUCGUUCCCUCGGAGAGGGAGCCAUCACCCAGAACAAAUCAGAUGAGACAGGAGUAAUUCAUGGGCCCAGCUUAAAGUGUGUUUUAAUUGGAUGGUGCAGAUCUUAGUCAACAAAAGUUACUUGUGGUGUGAUUUUUUUUUCUUUAGCUCACGACGUGCAGGAAAAUUAUGAUUCCUCAACUCAUAUCAGCAACGUUACAG